AGGGCAGCUGGGGCGAGUUCCUGCCCACCAACACCCGGCUCAGCUCGCCACUCGAGGGGCAGGACAGGAGCCUGGCACCAGGGCAGAGGCCCCGGGGGGACACGGCCACCAUGCCCAGGAGGGCUCGGCCACAGCGGCGGCGGUGCCCGGGCGAGAGCAGCGAGGAGAGGAGCGAGAGGAGGCAGGAGGAGAGGGAGAGGCUCCGCUGCAGGAACAACACCAGCACCUGCCGCCAGCUGGCCCGGCCAGCCCCGCAGCCAGAGCUCAGCCCCCGCCAAAGGGAGUUCCUCAGGAGGAGGAACCUGGUGGGACAGGCCCAGGAGACCCUGCAGGGACAGGAGCCCCAGGCACGGACCCCUCCGGACCCCUCCUCACGGCUGGAGCCCAGACCGGGCAUCCUGCUCCAGGGUCCGAGGAGCUGCUCCACAUUCCCCCCUGCUCAGUCCCUGCUGAGCCUCAGCAUCCCCCAGGGACCAGGGGACUCUCUCAGCACCCAAGGAACCCAGAGCCUCCCAAAGCCAAGCUCAGGAGUGAGAGACUCGAGCCAGCAGACAGACUGGGGAAUAGCAGUGUUAAAUAAGGAAAUGGUGCAGCUCUCCAACUACCUGACGGAGGCCCUGCACCGCGAGCUGCUGCUCAAGCAGAAGAUGGUGAUUUUACAGCAGCUUUUGUCCACUCUGCUCCAGGCAUCAGAGAAAUCCUGGCAGGGUCAGCUGAACGAAGACAAACUGAGGUGUAAACUCCGGGUGCUGGAAAAUCAGCUGCAGGCCUGCAGCCAGAGUUACUCAAAGGAGUGUGUGAAGAAGAUCCUGAUAGAGAUGGAGGACCAGAAGCAGACCUACGAGCAGAAGGCUAAAGAGGCUCUUCAGAAGAUGCUGGAGGACAAACUCCAAACAGAGCAGCAGCUGCAAAACUCUCAGAGAAGCCUGGCAGAGACGCGAGAGGACCUUGCCCUCUGGAAAGAGCAGGAUGCCACGCUCAGAGCCGAGCUGGCCAAGGUGACCACAGCACACACCGAGCUCAAGAACAGCUUCCAGGCUUUACAGAGUGAGCUCCAGCGAGCGGAUGCCCAGAGCGAGCGGCUGCGCCGGGAGCUGCGGGAGCUGCGCUCGGAGCGCUCGGAGCUGCUGCACACAGCCAGCGCCCUGCGCAGCGACAGCCACACACGGGCCACCCUCCUCCAACACCUCCAAGAUAAACUGCAGAAGGAACAAGAGCAGAAGGUAACACUGGAGGCAACAGUCAGCCAUUUGCAGAACUUGAUCCACAACCAGAACAACCAAGGGAAGAGCCAGGAGGUGACGGUGCAAAGGAAAGGCCAGGUUUUCAUCACACAGACCCCACCUCUCACUCCUGCCAAGGAAAAACAAAACGCUCUCUUAGAGCACCCCGAGGAGGAGGAGGAGGGAACAGAAAGUCUGAAGGAUGAGAUGAAGAAAAAGGCAUCCCAGCUGACAGCAAAGGAGAACGAGGAGCACCAGGACACACAGGCAGAGGAGCCAGGCCGUGCCCCGCUGCGGGUGAAGCUCUGCAGCCGCUGCAGCAGCCCGGCCUCUCGGGGGGUGCACAGAGCCGAGGGGACCCCUCCUGCUCCGAGCCCCGGGCUGUGCUCACGGCGCUCGGAGCUGCGCUCGGAGCUGGAGGCGCUCAGCGAGCAGUACCGGUCCUGCCUGACCCAGCUGCGCCAGUGCCGGGAGCAGCUGAACCGCGGCAGCCGGGCACAGAGCGGUCCCUGGAUCCCUCUCCUGGUGGCAGUGGCAGCAGUGGCCAUCGCCACCUUCCUGGCGAGUUACAGGCUGUGAAGGAGCUCCCCGAGGACUGACUUCACUGCAGGAACUGACCUGCUUCGCCAAAAGCAACCUGACCUCUCCACACCUUCUGCAGUUUUGUGUGUGCACACCGGGCUCGUAUCCCGAGCUGCUGUCACUCCAGACAAUUCCCGAGGGGACAUCUCCCCUCCCUCGGCUGCUUUCAUUGCCCUGCUCCUGCUCAAGGCUGCCCUGCCCAGUGAGCACUGGGGGAUCCAGUGAGGGACAAAGCCCCUCUGGCCACCGCUGCUGUGGCCGCACAGGGCGACAGGGACGGGGCAUCCUGUGGGGUUUUAUUCCCCCAGGUUCUCCUCCUGCAUUUACUGCCCCUCUAAAUGGGAGGUACUCGUCCUGGGCCAUCUCUACUCUUAGAUGACAAAGAAACUCAGCUCAGGGGGGCUCUUUAGCAGUGUCCUCACAUGUCCUGAGCAAUUCUCCCACCUCACACCCAGCAGGCCCUGUUCUACCCCACUCCUCCAGCCUCUCUAGUGGCCGAGCAUCCCCACAGCCAUACCUGCUUCCCUUUCACCACCAGCACCACAUGAAUUAACCAGACGGGGUUUUAAAGUGCCUCUUGCAGCUGCACCGUGCAGGUUUUUCAGCAGCACUUGCCCCUCAUUCAUGUGCGGGCUCAGACACAACACAGGCCAUGUCACCA